CAUUUUCUCUUUUCCGCGGCUCAAAAGAUCUGUGAGCUCACUUUUCGUGUUUUUCUUCAAAAGAAUGAAACGACCGACUGCUACUGUUUCCAAGUUGGAAAUUUCUGAAUUUCGAUUGUUGAUCUAUAUUUUGUAUGGAAAUUUCGAUAAAGCGUUUCAAGAUACACCACUGCUUCAAAGAUGUGCAGUUAUCGAUCGAUUGUUAAUUUAUCUUUUUCAACAUUCUGUAUUAAUUUCAAUAUUUCAACUUUUCAUUCACUAUACUUUAUUUCAAAAUUCUGAUUUUCUAGCCAAUGUUCCUGACGACAAAUGGCCAUUCUUAGCAGUGUUAGCCCUUUUUCUUGAAAUUUAUUCAAUUCGAUGUUUAAAUUUGAAAUUAUUUACUCAAACGUUAGUUUUCAGUUUGUUAUCUCCUCUAUUUCAUUUAUUUUUUGCUGGUUUUUACAAUGAUCUCGUAAACGGAGCAACUAUAACUAUUAAAUUAGGAGCCCUUACAGUUUUAGGUAUUAUUUUAUUUUUACUUGCAACAUUUCUUCGAUGUAUUGUUAUUUCAAGUGAAUCUCAGCUUGUAAGGAGUCGUGAAAGAUGUACAAAAGAAAUUGAUCACGCUAUUUUCUAUGUCUGAAUUCAUUACUAUUGAAAAAUAACUUCUUAUGUUUUCACUUAUAUACAAAGUUUCUUUACAAAAAAAUUAGUAUAAAAAAGUUUC